AAUAUCAGCAAAAAUACAACUUGUUCUGCAUUUGGAUGCAAAAUAUCCUCUCCAGUGUUCAUGGCUGGACUUAAUUGUGGGGAGUUUGCCUCAGAUUUCAGAUAUAAGAUUCAGUUUUUCUGGGGACCAAGUAAUGUCAACAGAAUCAUGGAAAAAGACAGUGAGGAUCGCACAGAUGGAUCUAUACCUGAAGGGGGCUCUGUUGGAGGUGGAGAAAGGCCAUUCUUAUGUAGAACAUCUGCUAUCAGUUCUUAGAAACACACAUUCAUUUUCUCCUGUGGAACAGAGUGAGUUUAUACAGAUGCUAUACUCUAAGUCUGAUGCCAAAGCAUUGAAAGGGGUGGACCUCGUACAAGCAUUACAGCCAGUUUUCCAGACGCUCCCCACCAGUUGGGUGAUAGACCUGUCUGAAGGAAAGACAUCUAUCGUCCUUGAAAUAAUGAGGCUGCAAACUUGUCAGAAACCUGUUGAGCUGAGGGGACAAAGUGAAGAAGUGAAUGAGUUGAAAAAUGUUCUCCAAUGCCUACCUUUCAUCUCACAACUGCGCUUCAAUGACUGCAUGGCUAUCCAAGACAACAACACUAAGAUAAAAAUCCUUGUGAAGCUAUUCACUCAAGCACUGUCCAUGAAAAACAAUACCCUGGAUGCACUGUUGGCAGUAUGUAGCUACACAAACUUUCCAUUUGCUGAAGAGAAUAAGGACAUGCAGAUGGCAUUUUUGUUUAACCUGUUUUCAUAUUUGAUAAAUGAAAAUAAAGCAGAAGAGGGCCUCCUCCGAGCCUUUCAACCUUUAUAUCAGUCAAUCUCGGUUUGGGUAGUGGACCUAUCAAGUGGGAAGAUGUCAGUCCUCCUUGAGAUUUUCAAAAGGUGCCAAAAAGAGAAGACACCAGUGGAGUUGAAAGACAAGAAAGGAACAGAGGAUGAAAACAGGAGGUUUUUGCAGUGCCUGCCAUAUGUAUCACGACUGAGUUUCAGUGACAGUCUCUGUCACUACAGUGCUGCAUGUUAUCGAGUUCUAGAACUGAUCACCGUUGCAUCAUCGGAGGGUGAUGAAUCCCUGAGGAACCUGUCAUCAGUGUGCAGCUACCUAACAUUUCCCUUUGCUGAGAAAAAAGAAGACAUGCAAAGAACCUUCCUACUGGACCUAUACUCGUGUGCAGAAAGCAGUGUUCGGCCAUUUUUAAAUUCUGUUUAUGAGUCAGUCCCUACAGUUUGGACAGUAGACCUUUCUGAUGCAAAGACCUCAUUGCUCCUUCGCAUACUUAAGCUCCAAACAGUAAAGAAGCCAUUGGAAUUAACUGGCUGGUCAGGAAAAGAAGAAGAACUGUCAGGUCUUUUGGACAGCAUUCCUUUUGUCUCAAAACUCAGAAUCAGUGCUACAUUUUUUGACAAUAGUCCCAAGACAAGUACCAAAGUCUUUCUUGGCCUUGUUGCUCUGGCAUCUUCAAGAGGAGAGGAGGUACACAGAAGACUUAUGUUACUGUGCCACUACUCAACCUUCCCCUUUGCUGAACAUGAUGGGUACAAGCAGACACGGUUCCUGUUGGACCUCUACUCACACAUUGUGACCCAACAGACACCGAUGGAAAGUUCCAUCUUCUCUUUUGUUGAGAAGAUUCUCCAGACAACCCCUAAAGUCUGGAAGGUGGACCUUUCUGAAGGAAACAUCUCUGCACUCCCCCAGGUUCUAAAGCUACAAACCGUGAAGAGGCCAGUGGAGAUAAGGGGGUGGACAGAGGAAGAACACACACUCAAGGAUUUCCUUCUCUGUCUUCCUCAUGUUACAAAACUCAUCUGUGUUGAUGGGCUUCUCCAGUCUUUGUGUGAGGUCCUGUCUGUGGACAGUAAAUGGAAUCCAGAGCUGGUCUCUUUGCUUCUCAGACCAAUGGACUUUGCCUUUACAUUAGCGGGUGUGUUGCCCAGCAGAAUAUGUAAGGCAGUGAAAGAAGUUCUAGACCACCGAGACCGACAAGAAAACCUCUCACUCACUCUGAUUCCUGUGGCAGUUUCCCGGAAAGGAGCCGAGUUGCUUCUCUCUGAUGUAACCCAUCUUAAAACACUAAGCAUCUUUAGGUGUAUGGUUCGAUUGUUGAUUGCUAUGGCUCCAUCUUAUUGGCCCUUUCUGAAACAAAGCCCUCUCCGCUCCCUCUCCACUACUGAGCAAACUCCAAUAGUGACACUUGUGGCUAUAUCUUCAAAUACCAAAAAAGAAUUAAUGAGGUCAUUAUAUUGAAAUUGGGCAAAAUGGUCAAGAGGUGUGACAGACCAGUUAUCAUUGAGGAACUUCAGGUUACCAUGGACAAUCCUGGUCAAGCAGUGGCAACAACCGCAAGCUUGCUCAGUGAUUUGGCAUUGCUUUUGAGAAUAUGGACAGUUAAAAUACUGGAUCUGACAAAAUGGCUAACUGAUGGCCUCACUCUCAUUUGCCUACUGUGUCUCAAUGCCUCGUUUCUCAUCAGAAUGUCCCAAGAAGUUUUAAGUCAAGUUGUUGAAGUAGUGUAUUCCGUCCAAGAUGCCAGUCUCACUCAGUUGUUCAUGGAGAAGAUUGAUGGGGACCUUUCACAGUGCAGUCUGUCCUGGAGUGUACUUCAAUACUUUGUUCAGCACUCCAAGACUCCAAUUACUAUAGACCCUCAGAGAAUUCAGUGUAAUGUGCUCAAGAUCGUGGAACUUCUGAAGAUUCCUAACAAAAUACACUUCAAAGGAGUAAGAGGUCCAUUUGUUAAAGAUUUCCUGAGAGAGAUCUACAAACAACGUGCAGGCCACUUGGUGAUCCAACUGACCAAGUCGUUUUACAAUGAGAUCAGUCUUAGAGAAGAACAACUGGACCCUACCGACUUUGACGCCUUGCGCUUUGCACUCCACUAUAGUGAUGGCAUCAGACUUGACCUCACAGAUGCCAUCAUUCCAUUAGAAGACAUUGGAAAUGCCCUAACACUUCUACACAGAGUGUUAAAACUUAGGGUUGACCAGAAGCUGCUGAUUAAGCUCAUCCAUGCCAGUGUGGUUUCCAAUGAGCAGAAGAAGGUGACUGUGUCUCUCUUGAGAGCGCUGCAAUACAAACUGGAUUUCUCCGGUCAGAAUGAAAUAUAUUUUAGUGCAGAAGACUGCAGGGCCAUCUCAAAUGCCAUCUGUUGUGCUAGUGAUGUAGAACUCAAGAUUCAGCUGACCAUACGGGACUGCCAAGUGGAAGAAUCUGGAAUGGAGGAGCUACUUCCAAUUCUCCACAAAGUAGUUUUCAGCUUUGAUAAAACUCUCCUCAAGCAGUUCCUCUCUACCAUGCUCCACUGUAGUGAACUGGAGUUGAGAAACUGUGCUUCAGCUAUCUUAAAAGCUGUUGGGAACGAGUUAGACCUCAGUCACGUUCAGUUGGACACUGGGCUCUGUAAAGCACUGGGGCUGGUUCUGGAGCAGUGCAAUGAACUCUCUAAGAUGGACUUCAGUUACUGUCAACUCACAGAUGAGCGCCUGGACCACUUGCUUCCACAUCUGCACAAAGCACAAGUUGUAAAUCUAGACAACAAUGAUAUCACUGACCAAGGAGUUGAAAGAAUUCAAGAGGAAUUCCUGAAAAAAAGGCGCUGUACAGAGAAAGUCUUUCUCUUUAACAACCCGGUGUUGGAUGCUGAAGCCUUUGUGAUGGACAGUCACUUUGAAAUGUUGCCAAGUCUUGAUGAUGACAAAGAAACCGAUCAGGAACAAAAACAGCCACCUGGCAAGGCUGCUCUAAAGCACCCUUGUUUGAUGGAAGAGAUUGACCCAGAAAUAUCUGUCUGUAAUGGCAAGAUGUCCUACAGAUUUCAGGCAUCCACUGGGGGGACAUUUUACUGCAAAGCUACAGGAUUGAAGUUUGGACUGAGGAAACAAGCACAUGUAGAAUAUUGUGUGGUCCCUUAUGACACAAAUAUCAGGUCAUUGGACCAUUAUGAACCUGCAGGACCUCUAUUUGACAUUACAUGCUCCAAAAGAGAAAUGUGCCAACUUCAUCUGCCACACUGUGAAACUGAGGCGGACGCUAUUGGAGACUUGGUCGUAAUGCACAGCUUUGCAAACGGCAAAAAGUUUCUUACACCAAUAAAGUUUACCCAAACACAUGUAGCUGUUCGAAUCCAUGGGCUUAGUAAGUUUGGGAUAUUGCGUAAAAAACAAAGAAAACGAUCUUGCCGACCAUCUGGCCGUGUCCUUGGCCAAGUGCUUCUCUUCCUUGAUCCCUGCAUAACUGAUACUGAACACAGGCUUUGGGUGUUCAUGUUGUCUCGAAAUGUGCCUCUUGCUGAGAUCCAAGAGCAACAGAAGGAGUAUGUUUUCAUCAAAACAAGCUCCAACUGUAUUUUAAGACGCAAUGGAAAGUACAAGUUGAUCACAGACUCAAAAAAGCCUGCAGUGCAGCCCAAGAUAUGUGUUUUUAAGUGCCUCUACCAUGGUUAUCAACACCCAUCUUUUGAAGUUUUCUUUGACUGCAAUGUAAUUGAAAUGCGUGUGAAGAUUAGAGACAAGCAAAGUUAUAAACAGCCUUGGGAUCGUCGUGUGAUUAUCAAGGCAAAAUAUGAUAGCCAGGUCAAAACAGAGGUUCAGCAUGAAAAACAGGGAGGGACUUCAUUGAAAGAAGAUGAUUGGCAGGCCACUUUAUGUGAUAUUCUGGAUGAACUGGAUGAGAACCAACUGAAGAGGCUGAAGAGCAUAGUGAAAGCCCCUGAAGGCCAACCAUCAAUCCCCAGGGGUAAACUGGAGAGGGCAAAGUCAUCAGAUUUGGCAGUCCUAUUGAUCGAGAGCUGGGGAUUUCAGGACUCCGUCAAAGCAACGCAGGCGCUUAUGAAGAAGUUACCACGCAAUGACUCUGCUGUGACAUCCAAGCUGAGACCGUUUUUAGAGCAGUUUGGUUUUUUAGACAGUCAGGAUCAUCUCCAUAGGUAACCCUAUCUUACAACCGGCCCAAAGGGGUACAGACUCAAGAGCCUUUUCUAGUUUCAGACUAACUCCACUUUCAUUUUCCUGCCCAGGGUCCACGUUGUCUAAUAGCACAUGCGUUUGCACAAGGUGUAGCACCUGUGACCAUGUUUGUGUUAAAAUGAGAAGUGUUCACGCACACUGUUAGCACAUUGCUAUCUUGAGGCAGCAGAAGAACAUCUGAAUCAUGGGUACCCACCAUGACUACACUCUGAGGAGUGAGCUUUUUUUUACCAAUCCUCUGACAUCAUUGCACAGCUUCUCUUCAGUGGCAUUUUGUUGUUUCUGGUUUUCUAGUUGAUUUCUGGUGAUGCAAGAAGACAAGGGUACCACCACCUUGUCCCAUGCACUCUUCACCUCUGGAAUCGUUCUGCUGAUGUAGUUCAGGUCUGCUUGUCAGACUGUGCUUUUAGAUCAAUAAAAUAUAGACUUUGAUAGUAGCUAUACCAUAUCAAGGUCUACAUGGGAAAAAGUUAAUUUAUGUGAAUGUUUUUGUACAGACAUUUCUGAAAGAUUUAUUUUUAUAUUUUGUAACUGGUAUGGAGAAAAAAAAUGUUUUGAGUAUAGAGACGUGUAUAAUGUUAUAAGUUAUCUGUGCUUGAAAUGGUUCUGUUACUUGAAAUGUUUUUUAAUCACCAUCUUUCUUUAUGUAGCAUAUGAGAAAGUGGAAAAACUAAAUAAUUGAAUUCCCUGAGAGGCUGCUGAGGGGCUUCAUCUGUUCUAUGCUGCAUUUUUUUGGCCAGUUCAAACAGAUCAUUUGUCCCAUCAGCUGUUUGGUUUCUUAACAAGGUAGAUAUGUUUACAUUCAGAAUGGAAUAUAUUUACAGCCACAAGUAUUAUGUGAUUUUACAUUUUGAAUGUGUGUAUUAUUAUGUGAUUUUACAUUUUGAAUGUGUGUAUUAUGUCAGUAUUUAUUAUGAUUUAUGUUGAUUGAGUAUAUUUGUGCUGGCUACUUUUGUGAACCAAAUUGCCUCUUGGGGACAUUAAAGACAAUCCAAUCCAAUCCAAUAUGCAUGUCGUCAAACAGAUCGACGGUCAAUGCUAUUGCCAUGGCCCCUCAUACUGUCCUUGCCCCUCAUACUGUCCUUGCCCAUCUGGAGGGAAAGAACUGUUACAUGCAAAAACUGCUUGUGGACUACAGCUCAGCCUUUAACACAAUAGUUCCUGCCAAGCUCAGGGGUCUGGGCAUGCACCUGACCAUGUGCAGCUGGAUAAUGGACUUUCUGCCGGGUCGUCGUCAAGUAAUUUUUCCAGCUCGCAAGCCAACGGAGAGUUACUAGAGUUACUUAAGAAUUACAUGUGCUGCUGCUAGGGUGCGUCUAGAUUUCUAGGCUAUCCUUAUGUUGGAAUGUGCAAAAAUGUACAAAAAAUCAAAAGGAUACCUUCUUGUACCUUCUUGUGAUUUCUGCAACAGUGGUAGGCUACUGAAAACGUGUUGAUGUACUUGUUGAUUUUUUGCUGUAGUGUAAACCAAUGUCACACAAUAACCUAGCCAGAGGUGAACGAAGUACACAAUUCCUUUACUUAAGUGAAAGUAUAGAUACACCUUGUCAAAUAUUAUUCCAAUACAAGUGAAAGUUGCUAAGUCAGAUUUUUACUUAAGUUGAAGUACAGAAGUACUUGCUUUUAAAAAUAAAAAUAUUGUAUUAUGUACUCCAGAAUAUCACUUCUGGAAUAUCCAUAAACGGUAAAGUAUAUUAUGUACUUUAUGCCCACUUUAAUACUAUGGCAUGAAACUUUAUACCUAUGGCAAGUUGCAUUGCAUAGCAAAAAUCUUAUUUUGCCGUCU